AAUGUUGAAAAAAAAAAAAAAGUUGGUACUAUUAUUUCUAAAUACAAAAAAUAAUCCCACGUUAAUUAAAAUGCAAAGUAAAGCUUAUUUAAUAGAAAUAUUAUUUGUUACAACAUUACGCCCCCCCGCACGGUGCGCCCCCUCCCUUCCCGUAUCAUGGUUCCUUUUGGACGUCACCACAUCAAAAAAUCAACACAAGAUGUCAAAACGGCCAAAACUGUCAGGUGCCCAGGGAAGAAAAAAGAGAAAAGAAGAGGAGGAGAAACGAGAAAAAGACAGAGAUGCACUGUUGAAGUUUCUAAAUCCCACCCCUGGGCCAUCUACCACAUCUACCGCUGCUGCCUCCACUUCAGCAGCACAACCCACCAGUGAUGCAGCAUCAGCAGCACAACCCAGCCAUGAUGCAGCAGCAUCAAGCGGUCUUCCUGUUGCCUCCACCUCAGCAGCACAACCCACCAGUUUUGCAGCAGCAUCAAGCGGUGUUCCUGUUGCCUCCACCUCAGCAGCACAACCCAGCAGUGAUGCAGCAGCAUCAAGCGGUCCUCCUGCUGCACCAAUAGACCCUGCUGACUGGCCUUCUGCUUUAACUGAAAAGCUAGAUGUGGCUGUCGACUUGCUGAAGAAAACCAAAGAUUCCCUCACCAGCUACAGAAACACUGGAUUUUCUGAUGCACAGACAACGGCAAAGGAGAUGUGUGAAGAAAUGAAUGUGGAGGCUGAACUCAAACAAAAGCGAUUGAGAACCACCAAAAGGCACUUCGGUUAUGAGUCUCCAGAUGAGCCCAUACAAGAUGCACUUAAAAAAAUGGAAACCACAUUUUUUAAUGUGGUAGUGGAUACAGCCAUCUCUUCACUUGAUGAGAGAUUUCAGAACCUUGGAGAGGUGAAUGACAAGUUUGGAGUACUCCUCAAUUUCCACAACUUACAAAAAGAAGAGCUGCUACAGCAGUGCCAAACACUGAGUACUACUCUGACCCAUGACAGCCAGCCGGACAUUAAUGGCACAGAACUUGCAAUGGAAAUGCAGAAUUUCCCACCAUUGCCAUCAAAGAACAUGACAAACAUGGAACUCUUGACCUUCCUGCAUGAGAAGAAGCUGGCAGAAAUUUACCCCAACAUGUGGGUUGCUCUGAGAAUCUUUGCCACUCUUCCUGUUACAGUGGCUGCUGCUGAAAGAAGCUUCUCUAAGCUCAAACUCAUUAAAACCUACCUGAGAUCUACUAUGAUGCAAGAACGUCUCAGUGGACUUUCCAUCAUAAGCAUAAAUCAUGUGGUCUCAAAUCAGUUGUCAUAUGAUGAUGUUGUAGAUGACUUUGCUGCAAGAAAGACUAGGAGAGUAAGGCUGUAGCAGGUGAUGUGAGGUUGAUGAGGGGGUGGUGUACAGUAAUUUGUAAGUCAUUCUAGUUAAUGCAGUAUUAAAAAGCACAACUAGAGAACUCUGUAGGAUCCCCUUUUUUGUAAUAUAGUUGUUAAAGUCAUACUGGUUUAUUUAAUAUCUUGUUUUGUGC